AUGGCGUUCCCGCCAAAUCUUUUACUCCUGUUUUGCAUUGUUGCCGCCGUCUCGAUCCCGAUCGCCGCCGCACAUCCGCCGUCACCAGCCGCCGGACCUGUCAAAAUCCGGUCGGAAUCAAUCUCCGGCGUGCUCACCGCCCUCGGAUACCGUCAACUGUCGACAAUCGCAUCGAAACACCUCCCGAACACCACCGUGCCUCUCACGAUCUUCGCGCCGACUGACAGCUCGAUUCUCACGUGUCCUUCGUGCUCUCUCCCUCUCCUCCUUCUCGAACACUCGGUGCCGUCUCUCUACCCGAUCUCUCUCCUCCUCUCUCUCCCUUUCGGAACCAAAAUCCAGACUCUCGCUCCCAAACUCCGGUGCCUAACCCUAACUUUCUCGCCCGGCGGCGUCGGGGCCACCGCGUUCAUCAACGGCGUCGAGAUCACGAAGCCUGAGGUUUACAAGAGCGAUAAGCUGAUCGUGCACGAGAUUCGAGGCUUUCUCACGCAUCUCUCUCAUCUGUCCUGUAACAUUGAGGCGCUGACGUCACUGUCGUUCCCGGCGUAUCCGAUGCCGUUCUCGCCGUUCUUCAUGAUGCGAUUGAUGUUGAAAGACGCGAUGCUGAGGCUCCGGAUAAGCGGUUACAGCGUACUCGCGCUCGCGAUGCGCGAGAAGUACCGCGAUCUCCUCGAGCUCCGCGCCGCCACGAUCUUCGCGCUCGACGACGAGGCGAUCUUCUCCAAAGGCCAGAUCUACGUCCGCGAUCUCCGCUUCCACAUCGUGCCUAACCGCAAGCUCACCGCCGACAAUCUCGUCAUGCUACCGGCGAAGACCGUCCUUCCGACGAUGGAUCCGUCGGAGAAGCUCGUCGUAACCACCGCCGGCGGCGGCGGCUUGCUGCAGCCGUUGAGGAUCAAUUACGUCAAGGUAACGAGCUUAGAUCUGAUGUUCAACAGUAGGAUAGCUGUUCAUGGCGUUGUGGCCCCUCUCAGGCAUGCUUUUCAUGAUCUAACGGCUGUAGAUGAUUUCACCCAAACUGAACGGUCUGGAUCUGUUGAUGAUGAAAAGGUGGUCCCUACAACCGUUGAUGACUAUCACUAG